AUGGAGUUGAUUUAUCGAUCAUCGUUAAUUGUCAUCUUAAUUGAGACAAUUUUACACUGUGUAAGUGGAGAUAUAACCAAAAUCGGAUUAACUGAACCAACGGAAACAACAUUGAUUGAGAUGAAACCUUUGUAUCACUAUUCAUUUGACGAUAAUGACCAAGGGUCAAGGAAAUUAAAUCGACUAUUGAAAAAGAAUAGGAAAAAAGAUCCAUACGGAAAGAGACGCGAUUCUUUCAGACUGUUCACUUCGGACGACGAUAAGCAGAAAGAAUCGACGAAAGAAAGUGAAUCUGGUUCUCAACAGGAAGCUGGUGUUUCCGGUCAAGGUUCGAGUGCCACUGGUGGAGGUAAAGUGGUCAACAUUGACAAGGGAUUAUUGGAAAGUCACAAGGAACAAGAACUUGACCAUUUGGAUCAUGAUUCACAUUCAAAUGAAGAUAAAUUCGUGAAAAUGAUCUGGGACAAAGGCGAUGGAUUCGUGAAGCGUUGGCAUUGGGACAGAGGUGAGAAAAUAAAGGAGAAACACUCGAUCGCUGAAAAGAAACACUUAGAACAUCAUGAUAAGGGUAAAAUCGAUGAACAUAUCGAAAAACAAAAAGGUGUCGUUGUCCACUCGAAAGCGGAAGAUCUAACGGAGACAAACGGGAUCGAUAAUAUGGCCAAAAGUACGAUGACCUCCGAUAAAGAGACUAAGAAUGAUGAUAUUGUUCAACAAUUAAGAUUAUUGAAACAACGUCAACAAGAAAAGGGUGAAAGUGAAAACAUCGAUCAACAAUUAAAUGGACAAUCAAAUAAUUAUCAAGAACUUAACGGAAACGAUAAUAAUAAUAAUAAUGAAGAAAAUGUCAACGAUUCUGCCAACAAUAGUCCAAAUAAUCGAGUUGUAUCAAUGUUACUCGGUGGACAAUCAGAGGAUUCAGAAAACGGUGAGAAUAAUAAUGGAAAUGGAUUAGGUAAUAACGAUGAGAACAAUCAAGAAAACAUCAACAAUUUACGCCGUAAACAAUACAGAGAAAUCCUUCAAAGAGCCUCUUAA